AUAUAAAACUAAAAUUAAAUGUUCAAAUUUGUUAUAAAUUCACAAUUUUAUAUAUUCUGAUACAAAUGCAUUACCUGUCAUCAAAUAUGUUUGGCCUAUAAAUAUUAUUAUAUAUUUAAUUGAAUAUUAAGCAAACUAGUACAUAAAUAAUCACACUUCCUUUUAUUUAUAAAUGUAGUUCUUAUUUGUUUUAAUAAGAAAUAACAAAAGUACAAGUUUGGCAUAAGCAGAAAUAUUAUAUGAUUUAGCACAUUUGGUGAGCAAUCAUUAUAAAUUUAUAUUUUGUAUUGUUUACCAGUAAUGCGCAUUAAAAGUACAAAACACAGGGAAAACAUUUUCAGGAAACAUAACUAUGAAAUAUUAAAUAAAUGAUAAUUUAAUUAAAUUACGUAAAGGUAAGUUAAUUGUUGAAACAUGAGCUCCAUUAUUGUUACUAUCCCUUUCUUUAUUUUAUAAUACAAUCCACAGACAUUUAAACAGAAGCAUUAUCCAUGACUUUGCCCGAAAUUAUAAAAUUCAAAGUCCUUAGACUUUAUAGUGAAAGAGCACUUACGAUGUAAUAUGAUAUUUUCAAUUGGAAUUAGGCAUAUAUCAGAUGUACAUAUUAUGCCAGUGUUCAAGGUUAAAAAGAUCAGAGAUCAAGUGAAUUUACUUUUGUAUUAGUUUUUGCACAUGCAGGAACAUUUCUAGUUUGAAUGAACUAUACUUCCAAUGUAAUACAAAAGUGUAUACUUCUUGCCCUUGUAAUCUAAUUUCGUCUAAAAUAUUUCUGAUGCAAUACUUGAGUUUGGCUUGUUGUUCCGGUAAAGAAACGUAAGACUGAUAAGCUUACCACGUUGAUUCAUUUUUAUUUGUAAGAUAAACAUAUUAUAUAUCAUUGUAAAAUCUUGUAGAACCAUAAAUUCUAUAACAUUAGCUUUAUGGUAAGGCUUCACAAAUAUAUAGUAUAUGAGUAUGAGUAUAUAACCAUGCAGUAACAGUAAAAGAACUGGAGGUAAUAUUUUAUACAGUACCAAUAUUUUCUUAAUAUUAUGAACAAUUACAUCCUUUGGAAAACAUAUUGGAGUUUUAACCUUACAUAAACAUAUUUUAGUUACUUUAUGUGUCUGAUACUUAAGGCAACCAAUAGGAGGGGGGAAGCACUGGGGCAGAAUGCCUCAGGCUUUCAAUAAACCUAAGAAAGUUUUUGAGGUCAGAUGAGCAUCUGCAACUUAAAGAUAAUACUUAUAAACUAUUAGUACAUUCUUGAAGUAGGAUGACUUUUAUUGAUUUGAUUAAAUAUUACAAUGGGCUGUGUAGGGACACCCACGCUACCACCGCACAUGUUCAAUAGUGGCAGACCCAUGCUCAACCACACUCCACUCCACUCCCAGACCCAGUCACUACUGUCCCUUUACACUGUGUUGUGUGGUGAAAUGUUCAGUUUAAUACAUAUCAUCUUAUUUGAUAGUGUUUAUGUUACUUUAUACAGGUAGUCAUCAUGUUUUCAGUAAAAAUGUAGAACAUGUAUGAGUUCCGAUUCUUUGUUGUUAUAAUAUCACAAUUGAAAAAUUGGUCUUUACUUUUCAGCCAGUGUCAAUAUAAAUACAUUUUUGUUGUUAUUAUCUCUGAUAUUAUAAAUAUUUAUUAUAAUAUUAUUAUUAUUAUAUAUUAUUAUUAAUAUAAAUAUUGAUACACUAGAGGCGUUAUUAUCGGAAGUCGAUGGGACCAAUCCUAUUCAUCUAAAAAUAAAUGAAAUUUUAAAUUAAUAAUUAAUCAAAAUUUUGAAUAAAGCAAACUGUUAUUGAAAAUUUGCUUCCGAAUAGAAUUGAUAUCUAAUCACUGACUAGUUGCAUCAUGCACUCGUGUACAUGUCUAAGAGAGAGUUUUCAUUCGCUAUUUAUAGCCUGUUGUUACAGUGGAUCGUUGUUAGCAGGCGUAAUGAUGUAAUUAGUUUUUAAUAAGACUAUUAAAAGCUAUUGUUAUCAGGGACUUCUCUUUGUAAAACUAGGAUUGCAUUCAAUGCUGUGUAAAACUAACUGAAACAUGUGAAAAACCUACUUACAAUACUUGGAAUUAAUUAAAAUGAGAGAAGAGAAUCGAUGACAAUAAUUUAUUUUACUUUUAACGUAUUAGUUAAUAUUCCAGGAGUCCUUCUCACCACAAUCUAGUAUAUACUUCUACAAAGCAUCAAUGACAAGAACAAAGUUCUACAAAGCCAAAACCUAUCUAUAAAGAAAGCAGAAACAGUAGUGAGGGAUUUAGUUUCUAAAAUUAAAAAUAUUAGAAAUAGAUGGUCCUAUUAGACGAAACAAAUUUUAGUAUUCAGUUCAAAUAAGUUAGAGAGAGAGAAAAGAAAAUGUUCUUCAGUGAUAACUAAGGAAAACACAUUUUCAAUUCAAAUGAAACUUGAUUCAAACUAAGCGUUCCUAUCUACACUUGAUUUAUUAUCAAUGGAAGUUUAAGAUCCAGCCAAUAGGCUUGGGGUUUGAUACAAAAAAUAUGCCAGUAAAGAAGAAGAGCUUUGUUUGGCAACACUUCACCAAAAACAACUGUGGAGAGAACAAGGUAACAUGCAAUCACUGCCACCAGGAUCUCAGUUUCACGCUAACGACCAUGAGCAACCUCCACCGCCACCUGAGAAACAGACAUUCCAAUAUUUUGAAGAGUGAGGAGGCAUUAAAUGUGUUGACAGAGCAGACUGUAAUAGAAGAAACAAGCAUAGUACCAGCACUACCGGGGGGAUUUGAAAUUACACUUGAGGAGAUGGAUAGAGAUGUUGAUGAGUCCAGAGUUGAAGAACACGAUCCUGAUUGGACUCCGGAAACAGCAGGAGAAUGGAAACCCGAUCACACCUCCACUCUCAACCAUUCAGAUGAAAAAAAGGAAAAGAAAUUUGUUAAAAGGAGUGAAAUGUGGGACCACUUUCAACGGUUGCCAUGCAAAACUUCAGCUCAGUGUUUUCACUGUGGAAAGGUAAUAAAAUUGGGGACCACCAGCAAUUUACGGAGACACUUGCGAAACAGACAUCCCAAUAUAGCGUCAAGUUUGGGUCACUUCACUGGUGGUGAGAUUUGCAGCAGCAUUGAUCAAGAAGAGCUCAGGAGCCAAGCCAUUUGUACGGAAGUAAUAGAAAUAAACAUCGAUGACAUCAAGAACCCCAUAAAUAUCAUUGAAUCAAAGAGUGACGGACUUGAUAUCGUGGAGGAGAUUCAGAUUCCUUUCAAUGACCUUAGUGAAACCAUUACAAAUCAAGCUUCACAAACUGAAUUUUUAGAUGACAGCAUUGAUGUUGACAUGCAAGAUUGCAUGAAACCAAAGAGAAGAGCAGUUCUUGCAGAGCAUGUGGAUCAUCAACUGGUCAAGAUGAUCGUUAAAGGUUGCCACCCUAUCAGCAUUGUGGAAGAAAGAGAGUUCCAGCACUUUGUCAAUCUCCUUCAUCCAAAGUACCAAACACCCACUGUUAAAAGACUCACCCAAGAGCUUAUCCCAGAAUACUACGAGGAGUGUGAGAAGAAAACUUGCAAAAGCCUCCAAGCCGCUGAAGGUAUCUGCCUCCUCAUUGAUGAGUGGAAAACCAAAUCAAACAGUUACUUGUGUAUCGCUGCUCAUUUUAUCAAUACUGAAUGCAAGUUUGAAGCUGUUUUCCUAGCUUGUCACAUUUUGCCAGCAAAGGAAGAGGCCAGCUGUGUAACAGAACAUCUCAUGAAGACAGUGAACAGUUACUGGAACAUUGGAGAGAAGGUAGUAGCUGUAGUGUCCGACAACAGUGAAAUCAUGUCCACUGCCAUCAGCCUUUGUAGUUGGCAACAUGUACCUCAUUUUGUCAGAACACUGAGUCUGGUUCUCUAUGAGAGUUUACAGUCAGCCAAAAAUCUAGUGAAUAAAAUAAAAAAUAUAAUUGAUGAACUCUCGAAAAAUCCUGAAAUUGUCGCCCAAAUAUAUUUGACACAUCAACAGUUACGUCUUCCAUCUGUAAAACUUAUCACAAAGGUUAAAAGUGAUUGGAACUGUAGCUUUUCAACACUUGAGAUGCUGAUGAGAUUUACAAAACUACAGAGGGCUAUUUACCUUACACUUCAGAAACAUUCAAUGAUAAGACUGACCGACAAUGAGUGGAAGGUUUUGAAAGGUCUGGUCGAAAUCUUGGAAGUAUUUAAAUCAAUUAAAGAAGAAGUGAAGGAAGGCCGUGUGAUUCUAUCCAAAGUGGUUUUCUACAUAAUGGUUUUAAAACGUGAAAUGAAGAAAUAUCAGAGUGUGCUGAACGAGGCGUGUGGUGUGGCCACAAUGGCAGAGCACUCACUGAAUUUACACUUCCGAGACCUUGACCAAUCAGAUCUAGUUCCUAAUGUACUUCUGUUGGACCCACGGCUGAAGAAGCACGCAUUUGAGGAUGAAAGCGAGUUUGCCACUGCCUGUUCCCAUCUGAAGAAGGAGGUCUGUGAAGUGGUCCUUCCAGAGCCACAGUAUCAUGAACCAAAUCCGACCUCUUUUUGGCACAGUUUUGACAUGGAAGUGAAGAAGAUCAACGCAGUCAAGGAUCCGAUAGGCAAGGGGAUUCUAGAACUGGAAAACUACCUCCAAGAACCUCUCUUGGGGAGGGAUGAAGAUCCGUAUGUCUGGUGGAACCAGAGAAGUGCUAUUUACCCUAGACUCUUCAGACUGGCCAAGAAGUAUCUUUGUGUAACAGCCAAUUCAAUGGUCCAUGAGUCAAUGUCGGUAUCUUCUGCAUACAUGUUGUCUAAACUCAAAAACCUAGAGUCUUCACCCUCUGAGUCAGAAAUCAUGUUUCUACACCACAACAUGUAAUCUAUUCCACCAUUACAAUUUUAUUUUAUAUACAUACAUUUGUCUAUAGCUAUAACUUUAUAGAGCUCUAAAUAUUUCUUUGCUGUUAAUUCUGUUGUACAAUAAGGUUAGUGUAUUACAUUUUUUUGUGAAUCUCCAUGGGGAAAAUGAGGUGAAGAAAAGACCAAUAUUCAAAGCUUCUAAACCCUGUUUUGGGUUUAGGACUGUGUAUUAUGUGUGAGAACACUACAGGCUGCAUUUUUAGGCGAUUUUGUAAUAAUAAUUUUUUGAUAGUCUUCGAAGAGUUUAUUUCAAAAUCAGGCUCUUGUAUAGAGGAUGGUGGAAUUUUUACACUAAUUGCAUUUGUUGGUACUUUUUUGUUCAAACAAAUUUAUGUUUUGCUUCUUUUAAAGAGAAUAAAUAUAACAUUUUUAGUCCUUAAUGUUUUAAGGGUAGUUUAAAUAUUUUAGGUGAAUAUGGAUCCAAUAAAUACACCCAGCACAAAUUACGAUGGACUCCUUGAAAAUGUUACAUGAAACACAGAUUUUUCUUUAAAAAUAACUCUAGUUAGUAAUUCAAAAAAAUUCAGUAUGGUAAUUAAACUGUUACAAAUGUUAUAAUCUUUAAUUCUGUAGUAAGAGACCACAUUCAGAGUCCUCACUCUUUCACUGCUAAAUACUAUCUUUUAUCAAGUCAAUGCUAAUUAAUUAUUAUCACAGGUUUGAUUAUAAGUUAAUGUCUUGUAAAAAGAAUGAGUGACUGUUAAGUUUAUAUUCAAUUUUCAGAAAGAAUUCAAUAUUAUCACACAAAAUUAACUCCAGGCACAUCAUACACAAACAUGGUCUGUACACACAAUUAUAAAUGGCGUCAAAAAUACUAAUUUUCACACUGUUCUUAGUUCACUAUUGUAUUCUCCUACACUUUUGCCUUAGGGUAUUAAAAAGUGUCUACCAGUUUUUAAAACACUUCGUAUAAUGAGAGGUACUGUAGAUCUCUCAACUGUUCAAGAUAAAGCCAAACAUUAAAUACAAAAAUGUUUAGUUUUUGAGAGAGUUACUGAUAAGUGUAAUGAAAGUCAUAUUUUGUUAUUUUUAUUUUUUAUGUUUUACGAGUUCAAUAAUGCAGAUAUUCUUAAAUUUUAAAAAUUUGGAAAUAUAAAAAAGUGACAACUGUAACAUAUAUUUAGAAGGAGUACCUCUUUGGUAACGUCUGAUAAAAAUUUGGAUUUGCUAAAACUUGUUUACAGGUGACAGUAAAAAACACUGAAUUCAUACUACUUUGACAUUUUGGACCAUCCAUACAAGAAGUAAUAAAUUAAAACUUUUAAAAAUGAUCAGUGAGUAGAGACCACGGUACGGCUCAACGUACCUUAAUAUUUGAAAAUCCUCCUAUGCCCUUUCCAUAAAAAAGUGUUAAAAUUUAGUUUCUCAAAUUUGUUGGUGUUUUCAUUAAAACAGAAAAAGUAGGAUUUUCUGCUCAGCCACUAUACACUAUUCGAAGAAAAUUGUACAAAAUUUAGUAGAUUUGAUAUUCUUGUAAAUUAAAAUACUAGUCAUUUUACACGGUAUAAGACCAGCCAGCGACAAUGUAAAUAUAUUUCUGUUGUUAUUAUCUCUGAUAUUAUAAAUUAGUAUAUUGAUACACUAGGGAUGCAAUUAUCGGAAGUUGAUGAGACCAAGCGUAUUACCCAAAAUUAAAUAAAAUUUCUAAAUUAAUAAUUACAAGGCAUAUCGAGAAAGUAAGUAUCCUGAGGCUCUCACUGCCGGAAAGACUGGUGUGUAGUCUGAUUCCUCUACUCCACAACGAGACCAGUUCAAGAUCAGUACAUUAAGAACAGUCAAUUCAACAAUACGUUUCGUGAAAAAUGUCAAUCCAAUCUCCCGACAAGUGCAACCUUCAAUUGUAAUUGAUUCGGGAAAAAAUUGAAAAUUCACUCCGUAACGAUCGCAUAUUGACUGUGGAUGAACUUUCUGUGAUAUUUCCGUAAAUCUCCAGAUCUCUAAUACUCAAAAUCGUCACAGAAACCUUUGGAUGUCAGGAAAUGUUCACAAGGUGGGUUCCAAAACAGUUGACAGACCAACACAAGUUGAAUCGGGUGGAGGCCGGACCAAAGUUUUUGAGAAGUUACAAACUCCAUGGAGUUAAAUUUCUCCACUCCAAUGUUUGGAAUUACGCAGUUUUACCUCAUUGUAAACCUCAAAUGGAGUUAUUCCUUUCCAAACAAGAUAAACGGAUGACGCCGUGUAUUUGUUGCGGAUGACGCCACUUAGCAGGAUAUUGGAUUGAUAUUUGUCACAAAACGUAUUGUUGCAGCAACAAUUCUCAUCACAGUAACCUCGAACUGGUCUCGUUGCGGAGGGGAGGAAUCAGGAUACAUGGUACUCUAGCCAACUUGUUACAAAGAUAAUCGCAUCCCUAGUGUACUACAUGUAAUUUUGUUACUUUGUGUGUGUUGUUUUGUUUUGAAUAAAUUAAAUACUAUAUUCAUUUA